AUGCACGAAACGCGCAGUGUCGGAGCAGGUAGCCUCUACGAUCCCCAUGGAUGGUUGACGCCACUCACGCUACCCGCCAAGCUAUUCUUCCAGGAGUUGUGGAUCUACGACUACAAUUGGGAUACACCCUUGUCGGCAGAACAUCAGGAUCGUUGGAGGACAAUUCAAGAAAGCACUAACGAGUUCAGGAAACGAAUACCGCGAAAAGAAGGAAACCUCGAUGAACUGGCAAUGCAAUCGUGA